AUGUCGGCGGAUCCUAACCUGCUUACUCCCUACAAGGUUCUCUUUCAUCUAUUUUUUCAAAUGAUACUUUUGUCUCAUUCGAAAUUGGAAUGUUUUAAUGGGACUCACUUUAAAACAAAUGCUGUCGUGGCUACCAGGCGAUAGUAUAUUUAGCGAUGCCAGUAUUUAAAAUAAUUUUUGAAAUGAGAAGUAUCCGUCGUUUUUUUCAGAAUACGAGCGGAGCGAAUGCUUCGCUUCGACAGAUCUCGGAAGACGCAUUUUAUGUCGUCAAUGAGGUGGUCAUGAAACGCCUGGGACAUGUGCCCAUCCACAAAGUGAGUUCAUUCGGAGAAACUGUCCGCGGUACGAAAAAUGCUUACCUAACUUGAUGUAAAACUAGGUACGCUUUUUAGAACAUAUUACACGUUGUUUUAUCGGAAGAGAGAGCCUUAUCUUGAAUUAUUUUGCUGCCAGUUACUUUUUUGGCGGUUCGUCUUCAUACGAUCUCUUUCGCCUGUUAUCUUUGUUUACGGUUAUACAAAAGAGCUAAACGUAUGAUUUUUAUGUUCUGAGACAUAAGACGUCAUUGAACUCAAAAGAGUAAGAAGAACCGAAUGAACUCUUGUUUUUAUUGAUGAAACCACCGUCGGUUGAAUGACCUUGCGUUUGAGUUCAAUCUUUCUGUGAAAUAGCGCUUUGAUGUUUGCGUAAACGAUUUCUGCACGUAGGCAGUUUCUCGACGAUGAAUUGAAAGAGUCCAAAAGUCGCUAGAAGGUCGGCUGUGUGGUCAGAACAGCCGUGUAUCCCUCGGUCGCCCUUCAUCCUAUUGAUUUCAUCUGUUUGCGUUGAGAAAGCUGUUCGAUUAGAUCAGCAAUAAAUUCUGACCGGGGAGCCAGAAAGCGGUAAUUUCAAUCAUGAGUCUAGAACAGGGCAAGAAAAGAAACUUUGCGAUCAGAAUUAGGGGUUUUUCAAGAAUUCAUGCCGCGUUCAAAGUAACUUCGGCGAAACUCAAAAUUUUCUAAUACUCGCUAAAAUUUUGUUAUCUUUUUCACUAUCUUAUGGGUAUUUUGAAUUUUGCGGAACCAUUUAGAACACAGCAUCAUGGUACGUUCAGCCGUGAUAAGGGGAAGAUGAUCAAACAUUCAUUAUUAUUGUUUUUUGAAAGUUAGGGCUUUAAAAGUGUUAGACAAAAUCCGGAGCCCUUGGAAAUAUUGUUUUAAAUUUGAACAAGUUGAGUUAAUCUCUUUUAAUACGAACUUUCUAAGAAUCCGGUUUUAUUCAAAAAUCUUUUUUUGUUUACAAUUUCACAUAUUCAUAACCAGUCUAAUCACAUUUUUUUCAAAAAUAAAAAAAGGUCAAAAUAAAAAAAAUUGAAGAAAUUGUAAGUGAACUUGAAGGGUGCAGAUUUUUUUAAAAAGUUCGAUUUCCGAGUUCCAGUGCUUCAAAAACUGUUUCCAUCAAUAAAAAAAGAAGAAGAGCUAGUUAAAUUGUAUUUUUUUUGUGUUGAUAUGUGGAGUAUUGACCCGAAAGAGUGGGCUUCGAUCGGGCAAUCUCGGGAAACAGCAAAGUGACAGUUGUCUGAACUUUGUGAUGGAUCGCAAGCGGUCACGUGAAACUGCAUACCUUGGAAGGUUGUCGAACGAUAUUUCUUUUUCUGAAAUGCAUUUCGUGUUGAAUAACAAAGUUAUUGGAAAUCACAUCAAAUAAAAAAAAUGCAAAAAAUAUCAUGUGGGGCGACUGCCGGCGGUAGAAGAUACCCGAAGAUCCUAACUUGAAUGUUAAAAAUUCGGAAAAUAUUUAGUGCUGCUUAGAGAAAAUCGGUAGAAAAAUUUUUGAAAAAGUCGAUAACUGAUGUUCUUUUUGUUUAGGGAGAUUUCCAUUUGCUUCCGCCCAAAGUUCAGCGCUUCGUUGCCGAGAAGGUGGAAGUCAUGAGACCACGGGGUGAGAAUGUUCAAACUCAUAUUUCAUUAUCUUUCGUUCAUUCAAAAUAUUUUAGAUUGGUAGCAUGCUAUAGCAUUCAUUUUUAUAUAUGGAUAUUUUUUUGAAUUUUAUUUAAAAAAAUAGUAGGAAAUAUUCUAAAAAUUAUUAAAAUAUGGUUUUCAGUGUUGUCUAUACAAAUGAAAAAACAAUUAUAUCAUAUACAACUUUUUUAAAUGUGGAACGACAAUAGGUAUCUACAUCUGCGACGGAACUCAACAUGAAGCGGAUGAAAUCAUCGACAAAUUGGUCGAGCGCGGAAUGCUCUCGCCCUUGAGGGCCUACGAGAACAACUACAUCUGCCGUACAGAUCCCAAGGUGUCGAUUGAAAAGUUUGGAAAAAAAUCGUGUGUUUGAGGACGUGGCUCGCGUCGAGUCGAAGACGUGGAUGGUGACGCCUGACAAGCACCAGACGGUCUGUCGGACUGCCGAGGGCACCGAACCGCUCAUGGGUCACUGGAUGAGUCCUGACGACUUGGCCGUCGAGCUCGACAGCCGUUUCCCUGGCUGCAUGGCUGGUCAUUUUCCAAUGGACUCGAUCCAUUUAUCUCUUUUUCCGUUUCAGGCCGUAUCAUGUACGUUAUUCCUUUUUCGAUGGGCCCCAUUGGCGGUCCUCUCUCUAAGAUUGGCGUCCAGGUUUUUUUUUUACAUCUCUUUGAAAACUUCAGUGAAAAAUUGCUUUGGUCUUUUCAUUAUAUAUCCUUGCUGUACUGAAAAUAACAAAAUUUUUCAAAACCAAUUUUUCAUUUCGGUAAAAAAUCAGGUAGCAAAGCUUAAUAUAGUUUUUUUGUACGUUUAGCUACUUCUAGAAUUUCUAGCCUAUUUCCAGACUUACGAGAGCGGUCGCCUCAGCGAGUUCUUUUUUUUAAAGUUUGCUCAAACACUCUUGGGCAGAUUAGAAACCAAAUCCUCAUAGUUCCUAUUUGCGCAACCAUUCAAAUAUAGAUAUAGUUUCCCAAAGUUCGCAUCUAGUGACCUCCAAAGAGUGAAUUUAAAAAAACGGCCUUUUUUUUGUUCGUUUUUCAAAGUUUCUUUUUUCAAAGACUCGUUUUUCAAAGUUUCAAAUGGGAGAGGUUCAGCUGACCGACUCGAACUACGUGGUGUUGUCGAUGCGGAUCAUGACGCGCGUGUCCAACGACGUCUGGGACGCCUUGGCCAACAACGACUUCGUCCGAUGCAUCCAUUCGGUCGGCCUCCCGCGCCCCGUUAAACGUCGGUCUUCGAUUCCCUUUCUCUCAAUAUACUUUGACCAUUUUUGUUUGUGUUGACUGUUAUCAGUCGGGCGAGAACUGUAUCUCUCGUAGGAAAAAGAAAGAAAACAGAAGGAGAGAUAGACAUGGUUUACAGAGCGCGUCGUCAAUCAUUGGCCCUGCAAUCCGGAACGAGUUUUGAUCGCUCACAGGCCUCCAGAACGCGAAAUUUGGUCGUUCGGAUCCGGCUACGGUGGAAACUCUUUGCUUGGUGCGUUGUGUUCUACAAAGGCUUAUCGAAGUCCUAUAACUGGAAAAGUGGGCAAGAAAAGUGGAAUGUUUAGAGAAAUCUGUCAUUUUUUUUCGAUAUGUUUCAUAGUCGUUCUUUCCCGACUCGAAAGGCGAGAUGAGUAGAUCGGCAAGAGUGGAGCGUUGCGUGUGUGGCGCGGUUUCUGGGCGGGAGCUCGAGGUCAAUCGGGAAACACCACCAUUUCUUUCUCGCUAUUCUCGAUAUUUUUUGAAUGAUAUUUAAUUUUUGAUGUAGUUUAACAAAUAAAAAUAUAAAAGUUUUUUUUUCUAAAUUUCCCCAUGAUCGCGUUUGACAUAAAACUGACCUCGAGCUCUCCGCUGGAAGCCGCGUCGCACACGCAACGCUACGCGCUUGUCCAUCUACUAUCUCACCUGUUUUUUUAGUUUUUGCUGUGGCUUGCAAAGCGCUUUGAAAGAUCUAAUAUUUGAAAAAAAAAAAUCCCGCACGGAUCAAUAUGGAAGGGCUUUUUAGGCAAGAAAUGCUUCGCUCUGCGCAUCGCGUCCAACAUCGCGAAGGAUGAAGGCUGGAUGGCCGAGCACAUGCUCAUCAUGGGCGUGACACGUCCCUGCGGUCGCGAGCACUUCAUCGCCGCCGCCUUCCCGUCGGCUUGUGGAAAGACCAACUUGGCGAUGCUCGAGCCGACUCUUCCAGGCUGGAAGGUUCGCUGCGUCGGUGCGUCUGUUUUCUGAAGCCCCCAUUCGGCCCCUCAAUUGUUAAGGUGACGACAUCGCGUGGAUGAAGUUCGGAGAGGACGGUCGUCUCUACGCUAUCAAUCCCGAGGCCGGCUUUUUCGGAGUUGCUCCAGGAACUUCGCACAAGACGAACCCGAUGGCUGUCGCCACUUUCCAGAAGAACUCAAUCUUCACAAAUGUUGCCGAAACCGCUGACGGAGAAUAUUUCUGGGAGGGACUUGAAGACGAAAUCAAAGACAAGGUCCUGCUUUUUUUUGAUCAAGCUUGAUUGAAUUUUCUUUUCUUACAAGUAGAAGUUGAUUUUCAGAAUGUUGAAAUGAUCAACUGGCUCGGUGAGAAAUGGAAAAUCGGAGAUAAAGGAGUCGCUGCUCAUCCGAACUCGUGAGUUGGGCCUUCAUGGUGUCUGGUUUCGGAUUCUCUCAAAAGACAGUUUGGCACAAAAGCCAACUUCUUCUGGUUUUUUUGCUUUCUGAAAGAAAAUCGUUUUGUGCUGCAUGCACCUCGAUUUUCAGGUCCAUUAGUGUUUGUAUCGAGAACUUAUAAAGACUCCUACCAAAUUGAAAAAAAAUUAGAGACGAUUAGGUUUCGUCAUUGAUUUGAGAGAAUCGUGAACUCAUGAAAAAAUGCGAACCCAUAUUUUAAAUUGUUCAGCCGAUUUGCUGCACCAGCACGUCAAUGUCCAAUCAUCCAUCCUGACUGGGAAAGUCCUCAAGGCGUCCCUAUCGAGGCGAUCAUCUUCGGAGGCCGACGUCCGGCGGGAGUGCCCCUCAUUCUGGAGACCAACUCCUGGGAGCACGGCAUCUUCGUCGGCGCUUGCCUCAAGUCGGAGGCGACAGCCGCUGCGGAACACACCGGUUGAGCACGUUUUGUUUGAAGUUCUGACCUCAGCUUUGCAGGCAAGCAGGUCAUGCACGAUCCGAUGGCCAUGCGUCCAUUCAUGGGGUACAACUUCGGAAAGUACCUCCAACACUGGCUUGACCUCAAACAAGGAAACCGCAAGGCAUAGAAUCUCCGACAACAUUUCUGAAAUCAGUUUUUUAUUUCUAGAUGCCUCAAAUCUACCAUGUCAACUGGUUCCGCAAAGACGCCAACAACAAAUUCUUGUGGCCCGGCUUUGGUGACAAUAUUCGCGUGAUUGACUGGAUCAUCAGAAGACUUGACGGCGAGGCCGAUCUCGGACUUGAAACGGCCAUCGGAACAGUCCCAGCCAAGGUGAGUAGUGUGGAGCAGAAUUGAUCAAAUAAAUGUCGAGAAGAAGAGUUCAAAAGCAAGACUUAUUAUACUAGUGUAGGUAGGUGUAGAGAAAGGUCCAUUUUUUGAUGGAGCUUCAAUUUUUUGUUGGUGGCUCUUUUUCAGUUCUUGCCGAAACGAUAUUGUAGUUGGUUAUCGAUUUAAAGUAUGUAGAAAAAAGAAAAAAAGGGACACCAAGAUUUUUUAUUCAACAUUUUAUCUCCAACUUCUACUGGUUUAGAUUAUAGCUAGGUUUUUUCAGGGUUCGAUAAACCUUGAAGGACUGUCUGAUGUCAAUUGGGAUGAGCUGAUGUCUGUUCCCGCAGAUUACUGGAAAGAAGACGUCAAGGAGGUCCGCCAUUUCCUCGAAACUCAGGUGCGUUGAUGCAGAAACGAAACAGGAACUUUAAUCUUAUUUUCCAGGUGGGACCAGACUUGCCUGCCGAAGUCCGCGCAGAGAUGGACAAGCAGGAACAACGCAUCAACGCCCUUUGA